CCAAUGAAGAGGAGACGACGUAGUUGUUGUUGGAUUUAUUCCGGCAGCCGUGGACAUGAAAAGCGCGUUUAAAUGGAACGUGCGCGCCUCGUUAGUUUAUGCCAUAGGCAUUUGGACAAUGUUUGGAUCAAUGGUGUACCUUAAUUACGGUAAAAAGUGGAAUACCGAUGAAGGGAAGAGAUCACCAUUUGAUAUGGAAGCUGAAGAUUCAGAUAAUGUGAAAGUGAUGAAAAUAUCGCCUAACAUUGUGGUGACCGCAACAUACAAGGAAAAUUCUGUACCAUUUACAAGCAGAAUUGCCAAGUACCUGAAAUCAUUUGGAAACAGUGCUGAAGACGAUGUCUCUGAAAAGUGAAGACCUUUUCAAGUUGUACUGUAUGUAAAGGAGCCAGACUCUAUUGUGUUGUUCAAUUAUUUAUGAAUAAUAUUCAGAUAAACUCACAUUGUUGUAUAUAACAGUCCUUUCAGUUUGAUCAGCUUUUUACAAAAGACAACUGCAUAUAAUAAAACUAUGAAUUUUAAAUGUUCUUUGCAGUUUAAGUCAGAAAGCUCAUGGGGUCUUGUGGAGAGCAGCAGGACCUUGGCAGUACCAGCAGCUCAGUGGUGACAUUGAUGUUUAUUCCUUCAGAAGAAUUAAUAUGCAGAAGAG